AAUAAGCCAGCUUCAACAAGAAAGGUAUUAGCAGGCAAAUAAACAAUCCUACAGACUGCAGUACCGUUACCGAUGCUAUAAAAAAAGGCUUCUCCAUGAUAUCGAUAUUUACUGUGCUAGCUGGUUAGCAUAGCCUUGGAAGAUUCGCUUACCGUUGCUUAGCGACCUUGCUAGUAGCGUGAGUGCAGUUUGUCAUUAGCUUAGCAAACAGAUGCACAGACAAACAGAUGGUGCAGUUAAUUUGGCAGAGCAGUGAGAUGAUCAAGUGAGACUAUCUUUGUAUAUCGGGGUACAGUACAGUUCGUAAGUCUAGGUUAAUGUUAGUAGCUAUCUAUCUGUAGUGAACAGUCAGUAUGAAAGUUUUGUAGUCGCUAUUAAGUUUAAGAAAACGCUGAAGUCAAUCGGGUGGAGAAAGAACAGACACUGCUGCAGCCCUCGUCAAUGAGAUAAUUGAGUUUUUUGCCUUUAAAGCAAUCGUCUGGACCUAUCAGAGCCAAGACUUGGGUUACGCACCUCCGUCAGAUGGCGUUCUGCCUGGCUGAGCUGCACUUGUGGUCCACCAAGGGCUCACUUCAAGUUAAAGAUACAGAUAUUGGCACCUAUCAGUACUACGAUAAAGGAGAGCCAGCCAUUUCCCUGGAUCAUCACUACUACAAUGACAAACUCCAGUUCUGUGAAGCUCGAGGCUAUUCGUGGACUACCAGGAACCGCCGACCAGAAAAGCUACGCGAUUCGCUGAAGGAGUUGGAGGAACUGUUGCAGACCAACACCUGCAUUCACACCAGAUGGAGAAACAAGCACUGCUGCCAGGUCAUGCUCAGCAGUGGAGUGCUGGUGACCCUGACUGUACAAGGACCUCAGCUCGAACAAGUGUGUAUAGACCGUACAUUAGUGGGCCGACUACCAGCCAGCACGGUGACGCAUGCGGUGCUGAGCGAUAGGCUGAUUCUGCUGUCCUUCCUGGAGCAGAGCCAAGUGGCGGCAGUCUACCUGAACAAAAAGACCCAGAACUCCCCAGAGACUGGCAGGCGAACAGACAAACUCUCACCCUCUGAAAUCAAGGUGGUGUGUGUGGAGUUGGGCGGGUGUGGCCGUAGGCUCCACAGACAUGUAGGUCUCAACAGUGUCCAGGAUGUGGCGCUCUGCUGGUGGAACCAGGAUGAGUCCAGUGAGGAGCUAUGGCCCUGGACUCCCACAGAUACACACAGGAAUAACCUUGUCCUAAUCAGUUGCUCACCUGCUGAAGGCCUGAAGGUCCUAAGCUCAGUCCACACUGAAGGCAACCCUCUGGACUGCCGCUUCAGCCUGCUUCAGCCCUACCAGGUCCUAACAGUGGAGUUACCUGCAGGGCCUCAGGGAUUCAGAGAGGAGUCCUGGGCUGAUACCUGUGUGUAUGAAUGUGCACGAGGACGCCUGCACCGCCUUUCAGUCACCCGAAUCCCGCUGUCAUCUCACCCGGUCUCCUGCUCGCGUCACCCCUCUGAGACCACUCUGCUUCUUGGCUUAAGUGACUCCUCCUUAGUCCUGUACGACCAACGACGCGGGAUCUCUUUCCUAGCCUCAUGCCCCGUGCCGGCCACCCUCCUCGCCUGGCACCCUGCUGGGGCUGUUGUCAUGGUAGGGGGAGGACAGGAGGAGCUGAUGUGCUUUGAUGUGGGCUUGGCACCUGUAAAUAUGGCGCUCGUAUCAGAGGAGGUAGCUUCAGCUCCCACGUUAAGACUAGCUCAGCACCUGCGCUGUUCUGGAGGCCUGGCAGGACUGCAAUGGGCGACUGGCUUGGAUGGAGGCCCAGAGGGGACAGAUAUGCUCACACUGGUUUUUCAUGGUGGACCACUGGCAGCCUUGAGAUUUAGACUAGGCGCUCUCACGGGGGGACAGAUGGGUCCAGGGGAGCUGCUGCAGCAGAGGCUACGUUGUGGUCAAGUCAGAGAGGCACUGGGCAUACUAGAGGCCAUGGACUGGAGCACCACGGGGGAUGAGAUCUACCGAGGCCUGAGCUCAGUCACCAACCACCUGCUGAGGAUGGAGCUGAACCCAGAGAGAGAAGCCCAGCUAGAAGCAGCUCUGGGUGUGUUUUAUGCCCCACCUGUGCCUCUCUCUGAUACAGUGAUACUGGAGUACAGGGAGCCAAUCAGCAAGUACGCCCGGCGCUUUUUUCACCACCUCCUCAGGCACCAGCAUUUCGAGAAGGCCUUCCUCCUCGCUGUAGAUUUAGAAGCCAGAGAUUUAUUCAUGGACCUCCAUUAUGUUGCCAGUGAUAAGGGCGAGCUGGUGCUAGCAGAUGUGGCCAAGAGGAAAGCUAAUGAAAUCGAGGCCCGGACCAUUGCAGGCAACGAAGAUCUUCAGAGAGGCAGAAGUGAUGCCUGUGGUUCCAGCUUCAGUGACCUUCAGGUAGCGAGGAGGCAAAGUGUGACGGACCCUCCACACUCACCAUCAACACAUGCUGAUGGAGCAGCCAAUCGGAGGAGACAACAACCAGAGACCUUACAUGUGACCGUCAACCCAGACGUGCUCAGGAUGCUGAAACAAACAGUGUCAUGGCUGGUUUACGGCAGCAUCGAACAUCAUUCUCAGACGCCUUCUGUCGUUUCGUUUUGUUCUGCAGGAAGCAGCAGAGCUGACGGAGACGGAGUGAAUGAUGAUGACGACGACCCCGGGAUGCUUCAUGUGGUUCAUUUAGGGAUGGUUUGAAAAGACUAACGAACAACAGAUAAGACUUUAUUAAUCCCAGAGGGACACAACAUCUCACCAAUAACAAGCACAGUAGUUACUUUGCUUGAAGCUUAAUCUAUAAAGGGUUUAAAAGUCCCCUCAUUCAUAGCCACACAUGGAAAACAGUUUAUAUUUUUAUACCUGUCAUAGAACAUUUGUGAAUUUCAGCCAAAUCAUAAACAUGAAAUUCACUGAAUUCAGCUUAUUUCGUGUCUUUGUGAAGUCUAAACCAAAUGAACCCUUGAAGGAAACACUUACCUGCUUCUUCCUUUAAAAACACGGCAGAAAAUGUUUAAAACCUUUACAUUAAUCAGCCUGAAAAAAUAAAGACUCCCAUUUUACACCCAUCACACUGAUAUUGGAUGUUCCAGGCUUCCUCUGCACGCGCGUGUGUGCGUGUGUGCCGAGUAGAUGUGUGUGUUUGCGUGUUGGCCGAGAUUACAGGCCGCAGUUUUAUUCAUGAACGGGAGCCAACCAGCGACUUUAAAGCAUCGCGCGGAGCCCCUUUCCUGAACAGCAGCCAUAGCCGUGUCAGAGCUGUCGACGCGCUGCGCUCACCGACUAAUCUGACAGCGCCGUGCGAGCCCUAAUCCCUCACUGUAUCGUAAUCUAUUUACUUUGCAUUCUAAGAGGAUUUCCACCAAAAAAUAUACAAGAAGCGAUGUUGGAAAUGGACAGAAGAUCAGCGAGGAUGCUUUUCUGCUGUUUUUUUUUUUUGUUUGUUUGUUUUGUUAGCUUUAAAAAAAAAUCAUUGUAUGUUUUUCGGAGAGUCAAUCCUCUACGAAAGGGAUGGGUGAAAGGAAUUACAUUUCUGACUGAUACUAAUACUUCUCUUAUGUAAACAUCAAAAUGUUAUAUUUCCCUUCUGAUGAUACAGUCACACUGCAGAGGCAGCUGGAGAUAAGUGGCAUCUGUCGCCGCCUUUAGUGCAUCUCUUGACACGUUUAUAAUUUACAAACCAAGGCUGCAUUAUCUCCUGAUUGUUUGACUUGACAGCUUGAAUAAAAACUGCAAAAUUGCUUAACAGGCAAACACGGGUCCCUCCCAUCCCUCCGAUGGCCUACACAGUCGCCUUUUUGACAUGCAAACAGUGAAAGCUCAUAAUACAAAUGAAAUUUCAUAAUACAGAAAACAAAGUGGGAGACCAAAUGCUCUCCUCGGUUACCCUUUAAGCAAUUAUGUCAGCUUUGUGAAAUCCUAAAUAGUUAUGCUUCAUUUAAAAUGUGGCCAGCAGCUUUUAUUUAUGAAACACCGCCUCACGCUCCAAUCUUUGCCAUCCGAGAUGACUUGCAGAGAUAGGCUUAUUAGUGGUAUUAACAUACUGCGCGGCGUGCUGGAGCUGUGAAACGGCCUUGUUAACAUUUGGAAAUGAAUCAAGCCUCCAGCAUUUGCUAUUAUCCAGGUUAUCUGCCUAUUUUCCCCCUCCCUCCUCUGUGCAACAGCUGUGCUGUUUCUCUGCACUGCGUCUAAUGAUGGCCCUGAUUGGACUGAUACGGUUCCCCCCUCAGGGGGACGUUUGUAUGAUUUAUAGGUUUGUUUCUGAUCUCUGCGAGAGAAAUCCCUAAAAUAUUAUAGACAAAUAUGUCAAGACCAUUAAAGAUAUCAAAGAGACAAGUUUACUUACAACGGAGAGUUUUUAGAAGGAAGAGAUUCCCUGAAAAACUAAGAAAAAUACUGACUAGUGUUAUGGUUUCUCUUUGUUGUUGGUUCUCAGGUGAUUGAGAUGCACUUUGCUUAAGGAUCACACUGCGAUCGCUUCAUCAAGAAAAGUGCCUGGUUAUAGUUCAGCAUAUCUGGUUUUAAUAUCUGUUCCUGAAAAAGCCUCACAGACAAAAGCGUUAUAUCUUGAUUCUCUGAUUCGAACAGUCUGUUUUUCCUUUUUUUUCUUUUUUGUUAGACUAAACAAAAAAUAAAGCACGGAUAAAUAUAUACAUGAUCUGAUGGGUCCAGUUAUAGAUCCUGGAGACUUCUUAUGACAGCAAAUUAUACACACAUUGUAGUUUUAUCAGGCUGAUACUUCAUGAAUGUGGCUGAUUUUGACAGAUUUUCUUACAAAGUUUUCUUUUGAUGUACACAUGAGCUGCAAAACACUGUUAGUUAUUUUCUUUAAAGAAAAUUUAAU